ACACUGAUGCGGAGGGAAGAUUUAAUGGGCAUUGGUCAGCGUACUCUCUUGUGAAGGCGUAAGGGAAACCGGCAGAGAGGGAGGGGAGAGGGAAAGGCAGUGUGUCAAGGCUGCUGACGCUCACACUGAAAGUCAGGCAACUCUCUGUGGCAGCAUGACUCUUCUAACACUUGGACUCUACCUGCCACUCUGGUUCUCCUGCUGCCUGGCUCAGUCCUCGUUUCUGGACAGCUUCCUUCCAUUCCCAGCAGCUCUCAUAUCCCAGAAGCAGCAGAAGAGAUUCAGCCCAUGCUGUUUACUGAGUCCACCUCCACCCCCGCUGUUUCCUCCACCCCCUGCACUUUGGCGCCGCCACACACCCACUGAAGGCACUCAUGAGUCUGAUUUGGACCAUGAGGAUAAAGGUUCUGGCUGUGUCCGAGGCCCUCCUGGGCCCACUGGACCUCUUGGGCCCCAGGGUCCACCUGGUCUACCUGGAAUAAAAGGGCCUAAAGGAGAAAAAGGAGAAAUCGGAAGACCUGGGCAGAAGGGUCGUUCAGGACCUGCUGGACCUCCAGGGAGCCAAGGCUUGCCAGGAUGGCCAGGACCAAGUGGGGCCAAAGGUGAGAAAGGGGACACAGGUUUGAUGGGUUUACCUGGAUCCAGAGGACCAAUAGGGCCAAGGGGUUUACCUGGGUAUAAAGGAGAAAAGGGUUCUCGAGGGGACCGUGGUGAAGCUGGACUUAAAGGAGACAAAGGUGCGAUGGGCUUCCCAGGAAUGCUUGGACAAAAAGGUGAGAUGGGUCCAAAAGGAGAACCUGGAACACCAGGAAACAGAGGACCUACGGGUCGACCCGGGAAGAGAGGAAAGCAGGGAGUGAAAGGAGACCCAGGAAGAAUGGGUCCCAUGGGGCCAGUGGGCCCACAGGGCCUUCCUGGCCACCCUGGACCUCCUGGUCUACCAGCUACAGGAUUAUACAUGGUGGGUUCAAAAGGUGCAAGAGGUCCACCAGGAGCUCCUGGAAAGUGUAGCUGCAGCUCUCUCAGUACUUCUUCAUCUGACGAUUAUGCCUCCACAGUGAGCUUCCCCAAAGUGCCCGCGAUAUUUGUGGUUAGUAACGAGGAGGAGCUCGAGCGCCUUCACACCGACAACGCUCUUGCAUUCCGAAAAGACCAGAGAUCCCUUUAUUUCAAAGACAUUGAUGGCUGGCUGCCAAUCCAGACGUUUCCAUUCCAGCUGGCACCUUUCCAGUCCAUGGAAAACGCCCCCGAUGAAGACGGGUACUGCGGCGAUGGGGUGGUGCAGAUCUCCAACGGGGAGGAGUGUGACGACAGAAACAGAGUUGUCACGGACGGCUGUGUCAAGUGUAAACAUGCCUACUGUGGAGACGGAUACCGCUACGAAGGUGCUGAGGAGUGUGAUGGGAAAGACUUUGGAUACCAGACGUGUAAUGCAUACCUUCCAGGGUCCUACGGUUUGCUCAAGUGCACACCAUACUGUGUUAUCGACUCCACAAACUGCAAAUACUUCACUUGACGAGGAGCUGAAGUGCUGCAGUAUCUUCUGUGUGGUAUUUGCUUGACACAUGAUGUGAAAAUUUUCAUUCUAAAAAAAGGAAAAGAACAAAAGCAGCAAAAAGCAAGAGACUCUUCAGGAAAGAGGCAGAAAUAUUUAACUGUAACGGGGUAAAAAAAAGAAACUUGCGUAUGUACACACAUCUAACUCAUCGGUCUUGAAGAGAUGCCACUCAGUAGCAAAGGUGAAACGCCACACACACACUGGAAAGGUGCAGGACAGCCGUCACCUCUGAAAGCAACAGCUGUCUGACAGCCAUGCGGCUCAUUUCAGUGCCAGUGCAACAUGUAGCAAACAUACUCAAAAAGACCCAGUUAGUGUUUGGAAAGAGUGCAGCAUGACUAGCCUUGCAUGAAGCUGGGAUUGUUAAUGAAGCAGCUUUAACGUCACCACUUUUAUACUCAUCCAGGGCAACGAGGGUCGAAACCGUUCAACAAGACUGUUACUGUAACUCAGAGGCCUAACCUGAAGACUUCCUGCUCCUACGCGGUUACAUGCUGGCUCACCUUCAUUAGUACAGUGUACACAAACCUUAACGGGUACAGUCUGAACAAGAUUUCACAAAUCCAAAAGAAAAACUUCUCAGGAACCGUAUCCACCUUUUCGCUGCUUUUCGUGUAAAGAAACGGAGGAAAUGUUGACUGUCCGACAAGGCACACGGGUCACUAAAGAGCUGGUGUGUGUGUGUGUGUGUGUGUGCAACCCUGCUGGUUCCUUCCAUGUGCUUCUGUGACUAGAUCAAAUAUGUGAAGGCUUGAAACUGUUUCUGCUCUUAAUGUCCUCGUUGCACAGGAACAGCUGGAGUUGCCCGCUGCUGCUGGAAGGGCAGGAAUUAAGAUUCCAGUCUGUUCUAAGGUCAUUACUGUAUCUAAUACCUCUUUAUUCAGUCUUUCCGUCUUAUUAAGCAACAGAGAAACUCAACAGUAUUCUGAACAAUGCAGAUGUUACUUAGCUGUGUGUUGAAAAUGACUGUGUCCAUAUAAGCUACUGUAGGGGUCGCAGUGCCAAGGAAGACCUUUUCUGUCGUUUCUGUCGUAAAACGAUGCUUCAUGAAAAUUAAAGACUGUUACUGCAUGUUAGUGAGGAGCUGCUGUAAAGGGUGUGAAACUUCCCCGUCAGACGCGGUUUUUUCAUCGGUGUCCCGGGUGUGGCGGAGGACUGUUGGCAGCCGUGCACAAAGCUGCAGCUCUGUGCUGAAUGUUGUGUCUGUGCCGCUCUGCUGAAUCUGAUGCUGUGUAUUCAUCUGCACAACAAUGCUGAAACAUGCAUGUGUUAAAGUACUGUACCGUCAGGCUUCAUGUGAACAAUGUUGUGCACUGUGAUUUAGGAUGGUUCACCAUCAGGUUUCAUUACAGAUUUUUACUGUAGUUGUGAACAAUUUAGAAAAUUCAAUAAAAUGGGAAUUUCAAUUAUUGAAAUGCU